UCCUAUUUUCGAUUCAUUCUUCCUUUUAUCCUCUCGUAUGCACCCUAACCCCGUGAUCGCCCCAUAGCCCGAUUAACCCUUUAACGCUGAGCCCCAUCGCACCCGCUGCCCAAAGUUCUCUCCUACAUCUGAAAGAACUUAAAUUAUUCAACUUUGGUUCUGGUUCUUCAACAGCCGGUCGUAACAGGUUUCGUUUACUCUUCUAAAGACAAUUCUCACCAUGACUGGAGGCCACCAAAUGCAUCAACCCGCGGAUAAUAUUCAAACCAUGUUCCCUCAAGAGUCAGGAGGGACCGGCCCCGCUCACGGGAACCAUGUCGAGACCCAACGGUCUACGGACCCUGGAAUCACCCUCGAGGAUUACAACCGUACCAUGUUGGAGUAUACUCAACGCCAAAUGUCGUCCUUUGUCGAUCAUGACGGAAACAACAGCCCUGGUGGUGGCAGCAGCCGUAGUAGCCAAAGCAGCGGCAACAGUGGCCACAGCGGCAACUCGAGCCAUGGUGUACUUGCUCGCCAGGCCAACGGACCUCCCCCUACUUCGGCUGAUGCUGCUGCUGCUGCUACCCGUCAUGCAUCUCACCAGCAUCCUGGCCAGAAGCCCCCGCGAAGUUCAAACGAGGCCGAGACGUCUCGACGUUAG